AUGCAUGGCUUAAUCUUUGAGACAAGCAUAUGCUACUGGCAGGAUCAACCAGGUAGGGGAGCGAGCACGAGGAGCCGGGUGUGCCGGGAGCAGGGGGGGGGUGGUGGCCCGGGACGCGGGCGAGCUGUAGCAGCGGGCGAGCCCAGAAGACCCGCGAGGCGAGGAAGCGGGGAGAAGGGGGUGUGGUCGGGAAGGCGCCCACCCGACCCACCGGCCCCCACACCCGCGGCGAGGACGCCCGAUCGCGCACACAACCCUCGGUCCACGAGGGACACAGCGCGCCGCGCCGGCCGCCACCGCGUGGAGGAACGAGGGGAGGGGCGCGGCGGGCCCCCCUCCUCCUCCGCACCCCACCCCCUCCCCGUCGCGGGCCCGCCCGCCCCGGCGGCCCCGGGAGCCGGGCCGGGGACCCCCGGCCGGGCCACGCCGCGGACGGCCGACGCGCCCUCAAGCGCCCGUCCGUCCCGCCCACCCCAGAGGGGCGGGGGACGCCGGGCAGCGAGGACACGGCGACCGGCCCGCGGGAGGCAGACCGGGGACCCGACCCGCGCUCGGGAGAGCGCAUCGGAGCAGGGGGCGCGGCGGGGGGGGGGCUGGUGGGAGGGUCGGGGGGGGGGUCGCGGGCGCUCCCCCUCGCCCAGCCCGCGACGACGUCGGCGGACAGGCGGCGGCGGCAAAGCGGGCAACGGAUCGGGGCCGCGGCAGGCCCGGGGAAGCGAGACACGCCAGGGCGCGGCCCCGGGGAGCAGCAGAUGGGGAGCGGACCGAGGCGGACGGACGGAGAAGGGCACGGACGGGGUGCGGCCACGUGACACCAACGCCACAGAACCGGCGGUGGAGGCGGUGGUGGCCGCGCGCCACCGCGAGGGGGAUGGCUCAAAACGACCCGGGGGAAGCGAGUCAGCCGCCAGGGCGCACCGCGGUAUCUCACCGCCAGAGGCCUCCCAGCACAGGGGCGGUCCCGAGGGGGCGCACCCCUCACGGGGCCUCACGCCCACCGCCAACCCUACACACCCGGAGCCGCAGCCGGCCCAGGAGAACGCUCUCCCGCCGCGUACCGGCGGCCCCCACAGCCCUCACACGCGCAACCCUGCUGUGCGCGCCAAGGCUCCCCCCGCCCCGCCCCCCUCUCAGGGCUCCGAGGGCCCUGCUCCACCCGGGGACGCCACCGGCCGACGGAGGCCGGGAGACGACACCCACGUGAGGCGAGGCCAGCUCGGUCCCAGACCGCGGGGAACGGGGGUGGAAGGGGACACAGGCGGUCGCACGCGCGGGACCAGGAGGAAGGCCGGCAGCGGUGGGGAGGGGCCGGCAAGCACGCGCAAGCAGGGGUCACGGGACGGGGGCGAGGGCGCCGCCCGGAGACCAGAAAACACCAGGACACAGCCGGGCCACCAGGGAAACCAGCGCGGGAUCCCACCGCCACCCACACACGAGGGCGGUCCCACAACGCCUGGGACGCCGGCCGCUCCUGGCCAUCCCUGGAGCGGGCCCCACACCCCAGCCCCGCCGCCAGGGCCGGCGUGCCGUCCACCCACCUUCCUCCAUCCAUCCAUCCAUCCUCAACAGAUCCGUCUUCCGUCUAAGUCUGACCCCGAGGCUCAACAUCCUGGGGACACACUCUCGAGCGAGGGCGGCCCAGACCGGGGGCCCACCACACCGCCACCGGCUGCGGCUCAGGGGCAAGGGCGGGCACGACAGGCUCCUCCUCACCACGGCUGCGGGGCUGGGGGAGCCGGGGCCGACCAGGCAGUCGCACCCCAACCCCCCCGCCUUCCCCCUGGGCUCACACCACGGGGCCGGCUGCGCGCACACAGCACACGCACGGCCCCCCACCCGCCGAACACCCGGCGGGGCCCGGCGGGACCCUCCCCCAACUCAGAGGGGGGAGGCGCGGGCCGCAUCGCCACGGUGGCCACUGCACACUCGGGAGGGGCAGCAGCUGGGGGGUCCGGUACCCCAAGGCUCCCUCUCGGAUCGCUAGAGAAGGCUUUCUCACCGAGGGUGCACCGUCCCUCACCCAAUCGUCUCUCCUUCGGGCCCACGGAGGCACACCAGGAGCCGCCACUCAACUGGGCGGGAGGGGUCUGCGGCAUAGGUAAGCGGGCCACCACACAGGAGCGUGUGCGCGGGCACCUGAGGGACGACCUGGAGCACUCCAGGGGCACCACCGAGGGUCCAACGAGGCAUGCUCACACACCCAUGCGGGGGGCGCGCGGCAUGGCAGCGGCACAGCCCUCCCCACCACAGGGAGGGCCGCUCGCAGGGAGCACGCCAGGAAGGCGAAGCAAGCGCAUCUGCUGUGUCCAAAGCCCAACGGCCCCCACUAGGCACCCCAAGGCGGGGGACGGGAGACCGAAGGUCAGGGCCGGAGGCCACACCCCAACCCCUGCCUUCCUCACCCUGCCCGACGGGCAAGGGGGAAAGACAGGCGAGGGGCCCCGCGGACAGACCGAGAAGAGCGGACACGUUCACUGGGAACGCCCGUCCCUCGUCCGGCACGGCUUAGGCCCGGCCCGGGAGAGCACGACCACACCACAUCAAUCAGUUGAGUCAAGGUGGAGGGUGGGGGGGGGGGGGGAGAAGGCAGGGAGAAGGCACAGGCGAGGACAGUCACCAGAGGGGCCCGCUUUAAACCUCACCGGCAACCUCCCCCCCGUCCCUGCCCACAACCUCACACCUCAGGCGAGGGCGGCCAACGACCCCAGGAGGAGAACACCUGACACGUGGCACGGAGCCUACAGGGCUGGGGUCGUCCCAGCCACCACCGGGUGCCCGCAGCGGGGAGCGCAGGGCCAAAGACCCACACCGCCUUGCCCCACCGCCCUCGGGUCGCCCAGAGGCGGCACCACGAGCUGGGUCGGCCAGACAACACCACACAGGAGAGCUGGCGCACAGGCCCAGGCGGGCGGCUCCAGCAGCAAAGGCCGAACCAGGCGCCAGCUGGCGGCCCACAGGCCCAGAGCCCCGCGUGCAUCCAGAGACCCAAAGUCCUCGGUGGCAGACACCAAAGGAGACCGUGUCAGCACUUACCUGGUGGCAAAAAAUACCUAUUUUGGGCGACAAAAUGACAGCAGACGACAGCGGGGCCCAUCUACAACUCGCAAGGAGGGACCCCGGAACCUUGACCCGGCCACCUGUCCCCAGCACUACCCCAUGAACACCAGGCCUGGAGCUCUCGGGGGCCAUCUGGCGUACCGGUCCGUCCGAGUCUCCGAACGGGGAUUUGACUUCGAUGUGCAUAAAGAAAAAAGAAGAAAGAACCGUCAGCGGGGCGCCUCCAACAAGACGAGCGGGCCCCGACCAGGGCCCACGCCCGGGGCCCAGACCGUCCUACACAGGGCACCCAGGACGGCUCGAGCCGGUCCCCACCCACCUCCUGACUGA